AUGGGGAUACUGGUGGAACCAGCGCUGCUCCUUAUUUUAUGGCAGAGCGUUUGGGCUUUGGACAUCCCUCUGGAAAUCAGGCAGCCCCCGGUCAUCAUAAAGCAGUCGAUGAAAGAUCAUAUUGUUGACCCCAAAGACACCAUGGUCAUCGAGUGUGAAGCCAGAGGAAACCCUCAUCCCAUUUUCUCAUGGAGACGUAACGGGAAGUAUUUCAACGUGGCCCGUGACUCUCAAGCGUCGAUGCGAAGGCGUUCAGGGACUCUGGACAUCUACGCCUGGAACAAUCCAGAACAGUACGAGGCAGAGUAUCAGUGCAUUGCCUCCAAUAUGUAUGGAUCUGCAUAUUCCAACAAGAUCAGACUACGGCUAUACAGACCUCCUGUUUGGCCGAGGGAGAUUCUGGAGCCUGUGGUGGUCAGCGCUGGCUUGCCUCUGGUCCUGUCCUGUGACCCGCCACGAGGCCCGCCGACACCUGAAACCUACUGGAUGUCCAGCUGCUCAUAUGCGAGGCCUUUCAACUGGCCCAUUCAGACCGCUUUCCCCACCAUGCAGCCGGUGUGGCCGGACCGCAGGGUGUCUAUGGGAGUGAACGGAGAUCUGUAUUUCUCUAACAUCCUGUUCAACGACUCUGCUGCUGAUUACUGCUGUAACGCCCGCUUCCCCAACAAGAAUGUCAUCCAGCAGAAGAUGCCUGUGGUCGUUAAAGUGCUGACAACUCGCACGGUGGCCGAGGCCGCCCCAACCUGGCUGUCUCCCACAGGCUCAUCCAGCUCCAUACUCGUCCUGCAAGGGGAAGAACUUCUCCUGGAGUGUAUCAGUGCAGGAGUGCCGACUCCCAGUAUCACAUGGACCAAGAAUGGCGACCGCCUGGUGGUAUCGCCUCGCAUGAAAGUAAAGAACUUCAACAAGAUGAUUCAAAUCCCAAAAGCAUCUUUUGAGGAUGCAGGAGAAUAUACUUGCACCGCUACCAAUAAAAUUGGAUACAUUCAGCACACAAUAACCGUCAGGGUCAAAGCGGCCCCCUUCUGGCUGGAGAAACCCACGGAUCUGGUCUUAGCCCCGGAGGAAAAUGGACGCCUGUUGUGUCAAUCUGAUGGGGCUCCGCGUCCCACAGUCAGCUGGUUCAUCAACGGGGAACCGAUUGAAACUGCUACACCUCAGCCUAACAGACAGGUGUCAGGAGACACGCUGACUUUACGCAGUGUGACCGUUGAAAACACUGCAGUCUAUCAGUGCAAUGUUUCCAAUCAAUUUGGGUACUUGAUGGCCAAUGCUUUUGUCAACGUGCUGCAUGCAACGCCACGUAUUAUUGGGCCCAAGAAUGAGCUCAUCAAGGUGAUAGAGGGCAGUCGUACCCUCCUUGACUGCCGCUACUUUGGUUCUCCAGUACCUGAAUUGCGAUGGUCUAAAUAUGGACAGGGUACUCUUGAAGGCAAUCGUUUUAAGACUCAAGGUAACGGGACUCUGGAGAUCCAAAACAUACGGAUAGAGGACCAGGGAACUUACGUUUGUGUAGUCAGCAACAUCGCAGGAAGAGAUGAGAGUCAAGUCAGAUUAGAGGUUAAAGAGCCCACUUUAAUUGUCACAAGACCACAGAGUAUGAAGGUCAUCCGUGGGAGUGAUGUGCGCUUUGAGUGUGGUGUGAAAGCAGAUGUAACGACUCCUGUCACAACCACCUGGAUGAAAGGCAAAAAGCACGUCACUCUCGGCUGGAGGAUUUCUCUGGAUGAAUCAAAUCUGGUCAUCACUAAUGUAAACGGGGGUGAUGAGGGAAAUUACACCUGUGUGAUCAAGAGUGAGCUGGACCAGAAGUAUGCCUCAGCACGCCUAAUGGUGAUGGACCGUCCAGAUCCUCCCUCCAAGUUGGAGUUGUCCGAUCCAUAUGAACGUAGUGUCAGACUCAGCUGGGUGGCUGGAGACAGCAACCACAACCCUAUAACAGAGUACUUGGUGCAGUAUGAUGAUGAUGACUGGUUGCCUGGUAAGUGGAGAAACCUUUCAACGUAUCCAGGGAACCUCAACUCUGUCAUCCUGCAUCUCACGCCUUUCACCUACUACGAGUUUCGGGUAAUCGCUAUCAAUGAAAUCGGAAUGAGUCGCCCGAGUCGUCCAUCCACGCGCUUCCAGAGCAGCGGUGCUCCCCCAGAUAUUAUCCCAAAGAACUUAAAGGGUGUGGGUACAUGGAGGAAUAACAUGGAGAUCAGCUGGGAGCCUCUGACCUACAGAGAGUGGAACGGACCCCACCUGAAGUAUCUGGUGUGGUGGAAAAGGAGAGAUUCCCGAGAGGAGUGGAAGAAUGCAACCACUAAAUGGCUGAGAUACUACAUCUACGAUGCAGAUACCUUCACUCCGUAUGACUUAAAAGUCCAGGCUGUCAAUGACUUUGGGCUGGGUCCAGAGUCUCCUGUUGUCAUUGGUUACUCUGGGGAGGACCGUCCCUUAACCGCACCAAUGAACCUGAGAGUGUCCGACAUCGAGAGCACUCAGGUGACUUUGCACUGGGAUUCAGUCACACGCGGCUCAAUGAUGGGCGAUCUGAAAGAAUACAAGGCCUACUAUUGGAGGGACAGCAGCCAGCUGAGGUGGCUGUGGGUCAAUAGAGGGAUGAAGUCGAAAGCGUUUUCAAACAACGAUCCAGAGCCCUCUGGGGUCCUCACCGGACUCAUCCCCUAUAGCAACUACAAGUUGUAUUUAGUCGUGGCAAACAAUCGUUAUGAAGGUCCGGCGGGAAAUAAUAUCCACUUCUCAACGCCUGAGGGAGUACCAUCUGUUCCCAGAUCUUUCAGGAUCCAACAGCGACAUCUAGACAGUAUUUAUGUCGACUGGGACAUUCCAGCUGAACCCAACGGUGUCAUUAUUGGAUAUUCCCUCAAGUACCAGACAGUGAACGCCACCAGGGAAGAGGAGUCUCGAGUUGAGGAGUUCACUCCAAACGUAACAAGUUUCUCGCUCCGGCGGUUCGACCGCUACACUCGUUACAGAUUCUCCGUGGCGGCACAGACUCGGAUCGGGAUAGGGGAGUGGCAUACGGAAGAGUCGCAGCACUACACCACUGAAACAUAUGCUCAGGACCAGGUGGACAUCUCCACUCAGGGCUGGUUCAUCGGGAUGAUGUGUGCAGUGGCUCUCAUCGUGCUCAUCCUACUCAUCGUCUGCUUCAUCAAGAGGAGCCGAGGGGGGAAAUACCCAGUACGGGAAAAAAAAGAUAUUUCAUUGGAGCCAGUGGAUGACAAUGAUCAGGAGGGAUCAUUCGACUACAGGUCUCUUGAAAGGAUAGCACGUAUCUCCACUCUGCCUUACCCCCGGCGAGAGGAGGAAAGGGGGCUUCAAAGAGGCCAGCUGCACAUGGAUACAAUGAUGAAGCGAUCAGCGAGCGACGACAGUCUGGUGGACUACGGGGAAGGAGGAGAGAUACCGUUCAACGAGGACGGCUCGUUCAUCGGCCAGUACACAGGAACCAGGAGAGACGUCAGGGAGAUGGACUUUGGUGCAAGUCUGCAGAUUCACUCUCCCAUGAAAACCAUCUACUCCCUGGCGUAAACAUUCAAACUGUCUCCCUAUUUGUCGCGUGACUUCACCGUGCUUGUACUCUCACUUUGAAUUAAGAACUGACGGUGCUUGUGGUUUGUUUGCAGAAGGGAACAGCUGGAGCCUGAGGCGCUGUAACCCUUUGUGUCUUCAUGUAUGCAGAUGAUGCAACGUUCACGCAUUUAACGACGAAAAUGGCUAAAUAGUUGGGAUAGUACUAGAGAUGAGAUGCUUGUUCAUCUGAUGAAAAGCAAGCUUUACCUUUUGUGUUUUGUAUUGCAUUUCCUGUAAAUAAAAAUGUGUUUGUGCUCAUGCAUGAGUACAAGUGCAGUUAUCCUGUCCAAGGAGAGACAUGGCUGCACAUCAGAGGAGACAGAAUGAAUACGUUUAUCAUGUUGAUAAAAGCAGUUGCAAGGACCAACUUUACUUCUGUUUUUACAUAUUCUUCUUUCAGCUAAUUUCAAUAAUGAGAUGUGGUUUUUUUAUGUGUUGGCUGUUUAAAAUAAGGUCUGCAUACUUUCACGAUCAAGGGAGGCAAAAUGUUCUCCCUGAACUUAGUGUACUCUUUGUUAUAUCGACUAGUUUUUAUGGUUCAAUGUGAGAGUAUAAAAGUCUUAUUGAUUAUAGCUGAAGGAUUAUAAAGUAUCUCCAAGGACUAAUGAUUUAUCAGCACGGUCAGUUUGCCAAUUGUGCUUUGCUAGGAAGCAAGAGGUCAAACCAUUUAGGGAAUCAUAAAGCUGCAAAAAAUAAGCUGUAAAAUGAGAAGGAUGUUUCUCUUUGAACUUGCCGUAACUGUAUUUCCCAUUUCCCUUCACCAUGGAGAAGGGUAGAAAUCAUUAAUCUUGAUGUAACAGCUUUAGUUCAUUUGACCUCUAACAUUAUAUUGUGUAUUACCACAGUUAUGUCCUUAAUGUAUAUAAAGUGGUCAUGUGUAUUCAUAGCAUGUUUGUUGUGAUUAUAAAUGUUGAAUUCAGGUGCUCUGUUCCUGAAUUUUAAAAGGG